AUGACGGAUGUUAUGGGUAUUCGAGAGCAGCAGCAUUGUACUCUGCAGUACUUUGCUGUUGACCUUGCAGCCGCGGCGUUUGCUUCAGCCAUGGUCACUCCCUGGGUGACAGCGAUUGAUAAGCUCGUCUUCAACAAAGCCACCAGUGGCACAUCUGCCAUGUCCUCCAUGCGAAAAUGGGCUUCCAAGCCCAAGGCAACCUUCGCCUCCCUUUUCAUUCCCUUCCUCGUCUACUUCGGAACCUACGCCACCGCCAACAUGUUCGAUUCCUUCAAUGCCGUUCAGUACGACUGCGAUCCUUCUAUCGUCUGCUCCUCCGCCGCAAAAUUCGCUGCUACCACGACCGUUAGCUCUGGGCUGAGUAUAUUCAAGGACGCAUACUUUUCUAGAAUGGCUUGUGGAGGUGCCACUCCCCUGCUCAGUUACGCUCUGUUUACUCUGCGUGAUGCAGUGACUAUAUACGCUUCGUUCAAUCUGCCUACUGUUAUCGCACCUAAGCUGGCCGAGUUUCCAUUUGCUUCUAUUACGCCUUUUGCCAACAUCUUUCAGUCCGAUGAUUCGAGGCUCAAGAUGGCCCAACUGUUUAUGCCGGCUGCGUCUCAAAUAGUCAGUACUCCCAUUCAUCUGCUUGGUCUAGACGUCCACGCCCGUCAGGUCCGGAUGACAAUCCGAGAGCGCAUGAGCGUGAUCAAACGGUACACUGGCUUCGCUACACCCUUACGUAUGAUGCGAGCCCUGCCUUCUUACGGAAUCGGCAGUGUGGCCAACACAGGCCUCAGGAGGAACCUGAUGACUAGGGUAGUCUGA